CACUACUUGUAGACCUUUAAUAAAGCGGAAGUUGACGUUCGUGGAACAAUGUGUGUAAUUUUAUCGCAAUGGCGCUCGAUGUAAAGUCCAGAGCCAAGCGGUACGAAAAGUUGGAUUUUCUCGGAGAGGGCCAGUUUGCCACCGUGUACAAAGCCAGAGACAAAACAACUGACACGAUAGUCGCCAUUAAAAAGAUUAAAGUUGGCCACAGAACUGAAGCUAAAGAUGGUAUCAAUAGGACUGCCCUACGAGAGAUCAAACUACUGCAGGAGCUCCAUCACCCUAAUAUUAUUGGGCUCCUGGACGCAUUUGGACACAAAUCGAACAUCAGCCUGGUUUUUGAUUUCAUGGAAACUGAUCUGGAGGUGAUCAUCAAGGACACCAGCCUUGUGCUUACUCCAGCCCACAUUAAAGCCUACAUCCUCAUGACUCUUCAGGGAUUAGAGUACAUGCAUCAACACUGGGUCUUACACAGGGAUUUGAAGCCCAACAAUCUUCUGCUGGACGGGAGCGGAGUGUUGAAGUUGGCGGAUUUCGGUUUGGCCAAAGCCUUCGGCAGCCCCAACAGGGUCUACACUCAUCAAGUUGUUACCAGGUGGUACCGCUCUCCCGAGCUUCUGUUUGGUGCCCGAAUGUACGGAGUAGGUGUUGACAUGUGGGCGGUGGGAUGCAUCCUGGCAGAGUUACUCCUUCGGAUACCAUUUCUGGGUGGAGACUCUGAUCUUGACCAGCUGACAAAGAUCUUUGAGGCUCUUGGGACUCCGACGGAAGAGACAUGGCCUGGAGUCAGCAGUCUACCAGACUACGUGCCAUUCAAAGUUCUUCCUGGCACACCUCUUGAACACAUUUUUAGUGCAGCUACAGAUGACUUACUCGAGUUGCUACACGGCUUCUUCACGUUUAACCCUUCAACUAGGACCACAGCCACGCAGGCUCUGAAGAUGAAGUACUUCAGCAAUCGGCCCGGUCCCACUCCCGGCCCCCAACUUCCCCGACCCAACUGCUCAGCUGAAGCUCUGCGAGAGAAAGAAACAGUCGGGCUAAAGAGGAAAUUUGUAGGCCUGGAAACAACUACCAUGAAGAAGUUGAUAUUCUAACCAAGCACGGGAACGGCCCAGGACUGACCUUGUCUGGAAUGUCAGCAGUACUACCCAAAUCCUACAGAGGGGUGAACAGUACGACCUGUGGUCAAACAAGUACUUUUCUGAUGCCCAAACUCCAGCCAACAACCUGCUUGAGUGGGGGGGGGGGGGGGUGAUUUCAGUGAGCCCAGAAAAAAAGAACGACCUCACUCGCAGCGGCGGUCUGCUUCGACAAUAUGGACAAAAGUAUUGAGACCUCAUCAGUAGACCCACAAGAAUGGUCGACGCCAUGUAUUUUUUUUUAAAUGAGGAAUUAAUAUUUAAGGUGAAUGCAGCAGUCUGGCCCAAGGUCUGAGCAAAAAGUAUGUCUCAAUACUUUUCUCCAUAUUUAAUUAUGUAUUAGUAUUCUUGUGUAUAUAAAACCAAUAAAUGGUGCAAAUUUA